UUAAAGACAGAGACUGACCACAUCAGCUGGGUUUUCUGCAGAGUAAAAAAAAAAAAAAAGACAACAGCCAAUCAUGUCUGAGGCACCAAGAAAAUCAAAGAUCUCUGCAUCUCGCAGACUGGCUCUCAAGACCAAGCUGCUGAAAAUUGCAGGUGUGAUGUGGGAGAAAGAGAAAGAUGAAAAGAAGCAGGAGAGAGAAGCUACUCUGAGUGAGAGACUCCCUCCACUUCAGCUGUCUGGUUUGUCCAUGCAGGACCUUCAGGCUCUGUGCAAAGACUUGCACCACAAGAUUGAUGUGGUAGAUGAAGAGCGCUACGACAUUGAUGCCAAGGUGGCCAAGAACAACACAGAGAUUGAAAAUCUGUCCCAGAAGAUUUGUGAGCUCAAAGGUAAGAUGAAGCGGCCUGCUCUCAAGAGGGUGAAGAUCUCAGCUGACGCCAUGCUGGGAGCUCUGCUGGGCGCUAAGGUCAAAGAGUCUGUGGACUUCAAGGCCAACCUGAAGACAGUGAAGAAAGAGGAGGAGAAGAAAGAGGAAGUGACUGACUGGCGUAAGAACGUGGAGGCCAUGUCUGGUAUGGAGGGCAGGAAGAAGCUGUUUGAUGCUGGACAGUAGAUUUAUAUUUCUGGAUAUUUUAAGUACGAAUCCUGUUCUGUAGGGUUUUAGAGUAGAGAGGAAAACAGAGUAAAGCCACUACGCACAAUUAGCAAGCACACUGUGCAUGUUUGAGUAUGGGCAGGUGUAUAGACUUCACAUGUAGUAUGCACAAAUAAUUCAGAUUUAAAGGACUGUGAUUGUAUUAUUUUUUUUUGCAUAGACAAGAGCUGCACUGUGUGGUGAUUUUAUGAUGUCGGGACUUGUAAAACUCUUGAACUGUCUAUACGUUGAUCACAGAAAGAACAAAGGAAAAUUUGCUGUUUCUUGAUCCUGAAAUGUGUGGAAAGACCGUGAUAAUAAAAACUUCUGAUCAACACAGAAAA